AGUUGAAAGGGGAAAGGUUGUCAGCAACAUGGCUGCUCCCCUGGAUGACAUGUUUUCCUUCUGCGUGGACCCCGGCACAGUCUCUGCCUGCGUGGAUGUGAGAUUUAUAGACAAUAUCAAGGGCAAGGGUAUCUUCGCCAAAAAGAGUAUGAAGAAGGGAGAUGCCAUCUUUCUGGAGCGGCCACUCGUCUCUGCCCAGUUCCUGUGGAAUUCUCAGUACAAAUAUAGAGCCUGUGAGUACUGCUUACGUGCUCUGGAGAGUGCAGAGGAGAAUGCGAGGCGACUCAGCGGCAUCCCAGGACUCAGCCUCCCUCACCCUGAGCUCUGCAGGGUGCGACCGGAGAGGCACCAAGCCUGCCCGCAGUGCCAGGUGAUGUACUGUAGCAGCGAGUGUAGACAAGCUGCAGCAGAUCAGUACCACAGGGCUCUGUGUUUGGGUCCCUCUCAGGAAGAUCCAGACCAUCCCAUCAACAAGCUCAAAGAUGCAUGGAGGAGUAUGCAUUAUCCCCCUGAGACCUCCAGCAUCAUGCUAAUAGCCAGAAUGGUAGCAAUAGUCAAACAGGCCAAGGACAAAGCGCAGUGGCAGAAGCUGUUUUCACACUUCUGCAGCCGGACAGGUAAUGAGGAAGAGGAGAUCGCCCAUAAGCUCCUAGGAGAGAAAUUCAGAGGGCAGCUGGCCUUGUUACACAGCUUUUUUAAAGGAGCACUAUACGAUGACUAUCUGAGUCGGUGGUUUACCCCCGAGGGUUUCCGCUCUCUGUUCGCUCUUGUGGGAACCAAUGGACAAGGAAUUGGCACGAGCUCCUUGAGUCAGUGGGUUCAUGCCUGUGAUGCAAUUCAGCUUCCUGUCCAGCAGAAGGAGCAAUUGGACUCUUUUAUCGACCAGAUGUACAAGGACAUUGAGAAAGAAACGGGAGACUUUCUAAACUGUGAGGGCUCUGGACUCUUUCUGCUCCAAAGCUCAUGUAACCACAGCUGCAUACCCAACGCAGAGGCCGCCUUUCCCGACAACAAUUUCCUGCUUCAGCUCAGCGCCCUUAGUGACAUCAACCCAGGAGAGGAGAUCUGCAUCAGUUAUUUGGACUGCUGUCAGCGGGACCGAAGCCGCCACAGCAGACAUAAAACUCUGAGGGAGAACUACCUGUUUGUCUGCUCGUGUCCAAAGUGCGUCUCCCAGAUGGGCGAGCUGGACGUGACAUCAGAGGAGGAAGAGGAGGAAGAAGAAGAAGGCGAGGCAGAAGGCGAAAUGGAGGGGGAUGAGAUGGAAGAUGAGAUGACCGAUGUCUGAUGAAUGACUUGCCAAUAUUGUUCUCAGCCGCUCCCUUUCCGGCCACCAUGAAGCCCUGAGGAAUAAAAAAAAAAAACUGUUCAAACCACAAUCUGCGUUUCACCACGACUGUCCGAUUUGUGUGGGAACAUGUGUUAUUAUCACCACAUUGCACUCAGUAUUUCUCCAUUUUGAGAGGUCGGUCCCAGGAAAAUGUAAAUCAGUAUAUGGGCAGGGAUAGGUUUAUUGUUGUUCUUCACUCUACUGCAACACACUAGAGGGGUGAAACUAUGGCUUUCAGCUAUCUGGGUUAUGGGUUGAACAGUUUAUUGACUGGUAGGUCUUUGUAAAUCUAAUUUGCAUGUAAGCCCGUUGUUAAAACUACAUUAAUGAAAAGACAUUUAGUCAAUUUCUGACUAAACCUAGCAAUCAAAGGUAGAAAGCUUUAACCACAGAAAGGGCCCUUUUUUAAAACUGCUUUUCUGUUACAAACAACAGUGACCAUGUUGAGAAUCAAUCAAAAACAGUAAAGUUGUUGUGCCAAAACAAUAAACAAAACAAUAGGCUCAAAGACUCAAAAGCUCCCGAGAGCUGAUGGAAGCUGCAGAGGUUUUUAAAUAGUGUCAGUAGGUUUCACUAAGAGCAGGUUUUGAAGUAUUACAGUUCUUAUACUUGUGUCUGACCUUCAGGUCCACUAAAGCAAACUCAGAAAACUGUCAUCCUUUCUUGUCCCUGACAGCUCUUAAACAAGGCGAGGUGAUUAAGCGAAGGUCAAUAUGUUCUCAGGUGUUCUCCUCCACUUAAGAAGUUUCUUACGUGACUAUGCAUUACUAUAUUGGAGAGGCCUUUUAUUUAUAUUCCGUUGUAAUUACAGUCUUGUCAUCGGGGAGGCAUCCAGCCGGUGAAGUUUAGUUUGGUUUUCAUCCAUUGAUCUAUGAGGUUAAGUUUAACCUUACUUAAUGUAUUGUGGAGACCUUGAUUUGGAAAUUGCUUUGUCAGUAACUGUUAGGCCUGUAUUUCAAACCGCAGUUCCACAUGAGUGAAAUUGCCGCCGCCCACACAUGAAUCAAUAUUACAACAAUGACUGUAAUCACAAAUCCCAAUAUUUUCAGUAACUCGACAAAGAUUGGAAAUAUUGAAUGACUAAUCCUCAUUUUCUCAGUUGGCAUUAAGUGCAGUGGCACAGGAGAAUGUGUAAGUGACAAAUAUAUGAUUUCAAAUAUUAUAACAGGAGCAUAGCAGUUGUCAUUUUUACUACUCUGGCAUAAACCAUUGAAAUUGGA